AUGUCGCUCGCGAGCAAGGCUCUAGACUCACUCUCUAUUUUGAAGGAUUUGCGAUUUUAUAAAUGGGCAAUGCCGUCGAUCAGUGAUGUCGUCGGGAUUAGCAAUUUGAUUGUAUGGCUCAAGUGCAAUGGUGGAUCGACCGACUCACGAUCUGUGGAUGGAGGGGAAAUGUGUUCAGUCAGUGAGGGCGACAUAGAAGAAACACACCCACAUCCUAACAAUGAAUUCAUGAUCACAUCGCUGUCAACGGAUGGACGAUGUCUUCGAUCAGCAUGGCUCGAGGUCGAAGCAGGAUCGACAGACUCACAUCCUGCGAACGGCGGGAAACGACUUGGAUCAGCAUGGCUCGAGGUCGAAGCAGGAUCGACAGACUCACAUCCUGCGAACGGCGGGAAACGACUUGGAUCAGCAUGGCUCGAGGUCGAAGCAGGAUCGACAGACUCACAAGCUGCGAACGGCGGGAAACGACUUGGAUCAGCAUGGCUCGAGGUCGAAGCAGGAUCGACAGACUCACACCCUGCGAACGGCGGGAAACGACUUGGAUCAGCAUGGCUCGAGGUCGAAGCAGGAUCGACAGACUCACAAGCUGCGAACGGCGGGAAACGACUUGGAUCAGCAUGGGUCGAGGUCGAAGCAGGAUCGACAGACUCACACCCUGCGAACGGCGGGAAACGACUUGGAUCAGCAUGGCUCGAGGUCGAAGCAGGAUCGACAGACUCACAUACUGCGAACGGCGGGAAACGACUUGGAUCAGCAUGGCUCGAGGUCGAAGCAGGAUCGACAGACUCACACCCUGCGAACGGCGGGAAACGACUUGGAUCAGCAUGGCUCGAGGUCGAAGCAGGAUCGACAGACUCACAAGCUGCGAACGGCGGGAAACGACUUGGAUCAGCAUGGCUCGAGGUCGAAGCAGGAUCGACAGGCUCACUUCCUGCGAACGGCGGGAAACGACUUGGAUCAGCAUGGCUCGAGGUCGAAGCAGGAUCGACAGACUCACAUCCUGCGAACGGCGGGAAACGACUUGGAUCAGCAUGGCUCGAGGUCGAAGCAGGAUCGACAGACUCACAAGCUGCGAACGGCGGGAAACGACUUGGAUCAGCAUGGGUCGAGGUCGAAGCAGGAUCGACAGGCUCACUUCCUGCGAACGGCGGGAAACGACUUGGAUCAGCAUGGCUCGAGGUCGAAGCAGGAUCGACAGGCUCACUUCCUGCGAACGGCGGGAAACGACUUGGAUCAGCAUGGCUCGAGGUCGAAGCAGGAUCGACAGACUCACAGACUGCGAACGGCGGGAAACGACUUGGAUCAGCAUGGCUCGAGGUCGAAGCAGGAUCGACAGACUCACAGGCUGCGAACGGCGGGAAACGACUUGGAUCAGCAUGGCUUGAGCUUGAAGCAGGACCAAAAGACGUACUAUCUGCAAGUAGAUGCUCAAUGUAA